AAUAGUUGCUUCUGCACAUGUGUAAGUUAAGCAAUGUAAAGUCUCAUCAAAAAAAAGAAGAAGCUAUGAGUGAUUAAGUAAAGAUGAUUCCUAUUACAAUAUGAAUGCAAGGGAGUCAUGCCCUAGGCUAUCCAUACUCCUAGGCAUGUCUCUUUGGGUGUGAAUAUGCUUGCAUUGUCAUAGUCAGAACAAAGGAUAUGUAAGCAAACACAUGCAUAGCAGUAUUCUUCACACAGAUGACAAAUGAAAUAUUGUACAGAAGGAAUACACUUACAUUUUUUUUCAUAUUAGCAUCUGUCGUUCCCUCAUUUUAAUCUGAUAGGCAUAGGGGGUGAUCAGGGAAAUCUCCGAAGCUUGAGAGUGAACUGCAGGAAGCUAAGAUAGAAACCCAAGUAAGGAAGGAGAAAAAAAUACUGGACAAGGCCUGCUCUUUCUUUUUUGUGUGUCUAUAAAGUGGCCAUCCUCACUGAGAGAAUAGGCAGGGGUCUCCUCCCUUCCUAUUGUUCUUUGCCUCUAAGGAAGGAAACCCUCGUGGUCCCUCUGUCAUACUGCACAAAGUGCUAUGCUAUUGUUUGUACUCCUGAAAGUUUCUGGAAUGUUACAAAGUGCAGCCCCGAAUUCAGACAAUUAGAAUGCCCUUCGUAGAGUGCAUACAGAGUUCCACUUCUUUUUAGCUGUCUUUGGAACCUGUGAGUUGGACCACAUUGUCUGACUUGAUCACAGUUAAAACCAGUUGCUUGCAUUCACUUCAGUGGAAUGUGGAAUCUUUUGUACCACCCACUAUUUUAUUGUAUGCAUGAUAUGGCUUAUAUGUAGGCAAAGAAUUGUAAGGUAUAUUUAGAUGAACAGUAUUUUUCAUGCAGCAGUAGCAUAAGUGCAAUGAAAAUUUGUCUAGGUAAAGUCAUCCAAGUUUCCUUCUGAUUAACUCUCGAGCAAACUUCUUCUGAAUUGUUAAACACAGCAGCUUGAGCCUUGAGGAAGAGCAGAUUGAACGGGAGUGUCAAUGAUUCAUGAAUUUCAAAAUAAGAAACCAGUCAGGAAAAUAAGUGCAUUAUAGGAAACAGAAACGUUGAACUAAUCGGCAUUGAUAAGAUAAGCCAGUCAUGAUGGCAUAAGUUUGCGAACGCAUAUAAAUACAAGGUGAGAACAUAAAUAUGAUGGAAGGUUUUGACUGAUGAGAAGGCAAGGAGUCAUAACAACAUCAAUAGAGUCGAAAUCAGUAAUAGAGUAUUAGUAAAGCUUAACCAUAAAAAUAACCAUCACGAACUGCCCAACUAUUUCUGGGCUAGCUUUUUGAAUUCCCACUAAUAUGUGAUUCCUGUUGAUGGCUACCUCUGAUUGCAAAGCAAUUUGCAGCACUUUUAAGAAAUCCCGUCCUAUCACUCGUUGAUAACAAACUAAGACCAUUUGAUAGUUUGCCAUGAUUGCAACUAUUGCCCAUCAAUAUUACCAUCCAUCUAUUUUGCCAAGGCUCGCAAUUAGCAUCAAUGGAGUUAGAGCAUCAACGACGUUGCUGAAAGCGAAAAACAAAUUCGAUGUCAGAUUGGAAAUUCUGGAAGAGUUGCAAGAUGAAGAGCAGCUGAGAGAUGAUACUCAUGUGCAGUGAGAACUGAGACUUCCUACCAACAGUAAAUUCAGUAAAGAGCUAGACAGCAAAGAAUGGGUGGUGAAAAUGAUGGUGCACAAGCAUUGGACACUGCAGGCUUGGAGUCCAGGACCAACUCCUCCUGACACCCAUCACAUGCCCAUGCAGACAGCCAGAGACCCACCCACUAUGAGCAACCCACAUGAUAUUGUACAAAGAAAGGGACCAAAGCACCACUGACCUACUCAUUCCCUUUUUCAAAAUGUCAUCCCAUUUCCCCCACUUUAGAUUUCUCUCCAUCCUAAGGAUAACCAAUAAAACACCAACACUCUCCUCUCUCUCGACUCCUCAUUCCUAGAUUCAUCUGAUGUUAUAUUCCCUCCCAUCUACUUUCCUUGACAGAAUCUGACCAACAUGAAAAAAGAAAAAGAAAAGAGAAAAAAGGGAAAGUCAUUGUCUUUCUAGGAUGUCAGAUGUUCUUUUUCUCCUCCAUAUUUCCUCACCUUCUCAUCUGUCUUCCCCUUGGAUUCUGUGCAGUUGUACCACCUGCAACUCUUCUUUCUUUUGUUCUCAUGGAGUUUUUUAAUACACUGAAUUCUUCAUUUGUUUUCUUGUACUAAUUGAAGAACGGAGGAUGGACAGUGUUUUAGGCCAAUGGAAUUUUAUGCAAAUAAAGGUGCAGGCUAUUUCUUUUGGCUGGCAGUAGAUUGACUUGGAUAUUUUCCAUGUCGUUGCAAGAUUUGUGGAGGGCUGUCGUUUGGAACAUUCAGGAAGUAUUGGGCUCUUGAGCAUAAGUUUUGGCUUUUAGGUUCUGUGAGAGCAAUUUUUAUAGAGUUGUAGGGCAUGAAAGAUUAAGGAUGCCUGCAAAACUUCUAAACACAUUCACCGACGACAAGCCGGAUUUGCAUAAGCAAAAUGGAUGCAUGUCCAGCAUCUUUCUGAUGUUCAACCGCCGCCACCUGCUCACCAGGAGGCACCUAAAUGGAAGCAGCCAUGGGUGGCACCCUUCAGGCCACGCCCCUUUAAACUGCAGAAGUCACGGAACAGAGCAGAAUGGAUAUUCUCUGCAGAUUAUUUUGGAGAAGAAUCUCAGCAAGAGUCCGAAUGAAAACCGAAGAGUUUCGAUGGAUUCAUCGAGGGCUUCUUGUUCAUCUUCAUCUUGCUCAUCAUUUUCAUCUUUUGAGUGUAACAAAUCAACUCAACAAGAUUCCUCCUCCUUUGACCAAACAUUCUUUGCAGAGAAGUCCCCAAAGAAUUCACCAAAAACAAGGAGUUCAGACAUUGAUACCAGAUCCAUCUGCCCUGAGCCUUGCGGUGACCUCCCAAUUGCGUCAACUAGGUCCAAUCAGCAAUCCCUUGAUUUCAGAAACAUUGUUAAGGACUCUAUCUACAAAGAUGCUCAAAGUUUAUCAGUAAAAACUUCAACCCGGGAGGAGGUAAAAAUCCAUGCAUACAAGCACAGAGACUCUCCGAGGCCUAUGCUUCUUUCCAAAUCGAUGGAUGGAACCUGCAAAAUUGGGAUUGAUGGGAAGCAGAAAAUGCCGAUGGAUCUCAAUGAGUCCCUUAGAGUUCUGAAGCAACCUAAAGAAGCACCUUGCUAUUUUGCUGAAGCUAGUGAACUGCCAAAAUGUUCAUAUGAAGCGAAACAUGCCUCCUUAGACCCAGUAUCAAGUGAAACUCCUCGGUUCUCAUGUGACGGGAGAGAAUUCUCACGACGGUCUCUGGAUUCCAGAGAGCAUAGAAUGUCUACCGCUGCAAUUAAGCUCACAGAGCUACCAAGACUGUCACUGGAUAGCAGAGAAAGUUCCCUGAUGAGUUCUAACCUUGAUUGGAAACUGAACUCAUUGCUGAACGAUUUAGAGAGAAGUAGAGCCCACCAAAGAGUCUCUACAACCUCAAACCUGCAAUGGGAAUUGGGUAGUCCCAAUCACCCUUCUGGUGUCAUUGUGAAGCUCAUGGGCUUGGAGGCACUUCCCAGCUUGGAUUCAGCAGCAGAGGAACCAAUCACCAGAAAAGGCAAUGGACUGAGGGGCAAUAACUCAUCACGAAAGCCAUUAAGAGCCAUUCCAGAGAGCAAGGAUGAUCAGCGCUCGCACUCUCCAAAGACCUCCCUCAAAGAUUCUGUUAGGCCAAAGGUAAAAGGUGGUGAUUCAGUUGUGCAACAAAAUUAUAGAUCAAGGACUGUAACCCAAGCAGCUUAUAGGAGGCAGCAGGAUAGCGACCAUGUCCCCGGAAAAACAACAUUAGGAUACCGAGAAGCUCAUGUGAAGCAAGAAACUGAGUUUGUUUAUAGUGAGGUAGAAAAAAGAUCGAAAGAGCUUAAGUUCCAGCAACCCAAUAAAGACCUUAGAGCUCUUAAACAGAUAUUGGAUGCCAUGCAUGCAAAGGGACUGUUAGAAACCCAGAAAGGUGAGGACUUCCACUACAAGAUAACAGUCCGGGAAGACUGCAGCAACCAUAUCCCAAUUGGGGAUUUUCAGAAUUCCAGAUCACAAAAUGUCAGAAAACCAUCAAUUGAAGGAAGUAGUUCUCCAAGAGCUCUGGAGUCUCCAAUUGUAACUAUGAGACCUGCAAGGUCUGUCAAAUCUUCAGCUCCCUCACUUAUUCCUCUUGAAAGCCUAUCAGGUCUCCAGAAGCUGCGCACCAGUGAUCCAGUGGAUAGAAAGAAGGGCUCUGCAAACAGCAAAAUGGUUAAAGAUCAACCUUCAAAAGGCAGUCACAAGAAGUCUAGCAAUCAAUUUCUUCUCUCCACGGAAAAUGGUGUACACAGAACUAGAUUGUAUCACAUGCAUGGUUUGCCUAGUCCUCAGCAGUCCCUGGGAGAAAACAGUGGAAGCUCAGAAAGAAUUUCAAGCUCUCUGAGCCCAAGACUACAGCAGAGGAAAUCAAAAGCAGAGAAGACAUGUCCCCCUCCUAUCCCUCCUGAUGUAAAUAAGCCCCGAAGGCAGUCUCCCAAUAGACGACCAUCUGAAUUGGUUUCUCCAAGAGGCAAGCUCGGACUAAAAUCAUCCCAUGCACUACAGUCUGAUGAUCAGUUGAAUGAAAAAGCCAGUGAGUUGAGAAAUUCUGUUCAUUUAGAAGACGAAAUCUCGCAAUGGUCUGACAACAAUACUAGUUUGGAAUCACAGACUGAUGUAGUAGAAGUAAUGAGUGCCGACCAGUCUACGGCCACAAACUCAGCCUUCUUUCAGCAAGGCUUCAAGAGUCCAUCAAGGAGACGUGCCAAUUGUGCAGCUUUAGUCUUGAACCAGAAGAAGCCAUCAUUCAUUUUAAAUGAAGAUAUUUCACCUAAGGAGCUUGCAACCGAACAGCCAAGUCCUGUCUCCGUCCUUGAUGCCUCCUUUUACCAAGAUGGCUUGCCACCUUCUUCUGUGAAGAAGAGAAAUCCAAAUGUGUUCGAAGGUGAAGACUUAUGUGCCUAUAACUUCUCACUUUCAAAGCACAGAGAUGAGAAAAAUCCUACUUCAGAUGAUGGCCGGAAAACAAUUGGCCUGCCUGAUGCCCCACCACCCAAGAUGAUCUCUGAAAUUGACUACAAGAAACUUCAACAGCUUACCUCAACAAAUGAUGAACCAUCCACCAUCGAUCUCAUCGCUUCACCGAGCGACACCAAGAACGUGGAUCACCAAUAUGUAUCUGAAAUACUAUUAGCAUCCAAUCUUUUAGUCACAGACGGCCGCAGUUGUGGACUCAGGUGUUCGAUGCCCAUUCAGCUCCAUCCAACAGGCCAUCCCAUCAACCCUCGAACAAACUUUACCUGGCUCUCAAAAGCUGAACCUGUUCAGGAAAAAACUCUCCAGCCGAAGCCAGAUUCAGAGAAGCUUCACCGGAAGCUUGUUUUCGAUGUAGUAAAUGAGAUUCUGCUUCAGAAGAUGGAGUUAGUGAACCCUAGACAUCGCCACAACCACCUGCUUGGAGCUAGGAAGCUUUGCAGCCAAAAUUUACUGAAAGAACUUUGCUCGGAAGUUGAUCAACUCCAAGCUGAAAGGUUAAAGGCUAGCAGCUUUGAUGAUGACAGUGAUGGCAACUUAAUAUCAUGCAAAGAUCUGCUGCGUCAGUCAGAAGGGUGGACAGACUUUGGAAGCGAGCUGGCAGGCUUGGUUUUGGAGAUUGAGAGAUCGAUAUUUAAGGAUCUAAUCGAUGAGGUUGUCACUGGUGAGGCAGCAAAUGCAGCUGUUUGCUAAGUGCAGUAAUUAACUUUAUAUUUUGUAUCUCUUGCUUUAUCUUGUGAAAAUACACUAUUAUUUAGCCAAUGAAAUGGCUCUUCUAUUUA